AUGAAGGUGGCAAUUCUCCUAGGACUCCUAGUCUUGGUGGCCUUAGUUAAGGCCAAAGCCUUGGAAGAAGACCAUUUCGAUUUGGAAGUAGCUGCCAGUGGACACGGUAGUUCACACAAAGAAGCUGGUGGAAAAGAACACCACGAACACCAUCACAGCAGUCACGGCGAAAAAGGUGACAAAGGCUACAAAACCGAUCAUCAUCACCACAAAGAUCAUCACGGUAAACAUGGCAAACACCACGAAGCCGGACACCAUGGCGAAAAGGGCGGACACCAUAAGAGCCAUCACGACGAAGGCGGACAUUAUCACAGCCACCACGAGCACGGACACCAUCACAAAGGUGGCAAGCACGGCCACAAGAAGGGCCACAAAAAAGGCCAAAAGACCAAGGGUCACCACUUGAAAAAACACAAGGACGAAUACCAUAAAAACCACAAAUUCUACGAUGACGCUCACAAGGAGGGUCACCAUGAGAAGCACGGACAUCAUCACGGUUAUCAUGGCAGUAAAGAGGGGCACCACAAGAAGGGCGGUUCGCAUAAAAGCGGAUACCAUCACGAUCAUCAUGGCAAGAAAGGGCAUGGCGACAAGGGACACCACGAUGAGCAUCAUAAAGGGUUCAAGGGGCACGGUGGACACGAGGAGCAUCAUAAACAUCACAGCGAUUAUGGCAAAAAGGAUGGACAUCAUGAAGGAAAACAUUGGGGAUUCGCUCAUAAGCACUAG